UUUACUUGGACUGAACCUGAGCAGCUCACACUGAGCAUCAAGCAGCUCCGGCGUGGUUUACAGUGAUGCAGCUCCUCUGGUGUUUAUUCUUCUGCUUUAACAUGAACUACAUAUUUGGCUGAAUCAACGAAGAUAACGGAAAAAGACAACGGUAACAUGAAAUGGAGAUAACUCGGACCAGACCGUCCUUGUAUGGAGAGAUCGCUCAUGGUCUUGGAUUCUGGACGGACCGGUCAGCAGUGCAUGAGGCAGCUGCACAGGGCAGGGCCCUCCAGCUGCAGCAGCUGAUCGAGGGAGGUGCAGCAGUUAACAUAGUAGCAGUCGACUCCAUCACCCCCCUGCAUGAGGCGUGUAUACAGGGACAGACCCAAUGCGUCAGACUGCUGCUGAACGCUGGUGCACAGGUGGAUGCUCGUAACAUCGAUGGCAGCACUCCACUGUGUGAUGCCUGUGCAGCCGGUAGCCUCGAAUGUGUCAAGCUGCUGCUGGAGUAUGGGGCGACAGUUAAUCCUCCGCUGUUUACCUUCUCACCGCUUCAUGAGGCUUGCAUGGGAGGUAAUUCAGAAUGUGUUCAGCUCAUGAUUGAUCAAGGAGCUUUCAUGGAGGCCCAUGACUGCCACUAUGGAACACCACUUCAUGUAGCCUGUGCAAGGCAACAUUUUGAAUGCGCCAAAGUUCUCCUCAAUGCAGGGGCAAAUGUGAAUGCUGCCAAGCUACAUGAGACGGCUCUUCAUCAUGCAGCCAAAACAAAGAGCAUUGACUUGAUAGAUCUACUUGUGGAGUUUGGGGGGAACGUGUAUGCCAGAGAUAACCUGAACAAAAAACCUAUCCACUACACCCCUCUGGGAUCUCCUUCUUAUCUCUGCCUUGAGUUCUAUGAGAAUACCCCGCUUAGUCUACAGCAGAUCACCAGAGUGGCGGUGAGAGGAGCUCUCGGCACAAGAGCACGUGAAGUUGUUUCCAAACUGAGCUUGCCCAAUCGCAUCAUACGUUUUCUUUCUUACACGCCAACUCCAGUUAUUGAAAUUUAACCACCUAUGAGAAACUUAAGAUGCAGCUCUUAGAAGGUUAAAUCUAGACCAGUUAUGUGUGCUGUCUUUGUGGAAAGUCAUAUGACAGGAUGUGGAAGUUGGCAGAAAUGCAGCGCAGAUCUUGAUCAGACUGUUUACAAGGAAAUUAGACAGCAUCUAUAUACAAUAUAUACCGUCAUCUUAUUGAGACCUUGUGGCUAACCUGUCAGUAAACUGCCUGUUUUCACAUCCAGCACACAUAGAACAUAAACAUCUCACUGGACACACAAAUUGAAUGUGAAGUUCAGUAAUUACUUGCAUUAGAAUAAUUUAUUUGCACGAAAAAUGGUUGCUUCUGGUGGUUAAGAGAGAGACGACUCAACCAUACAGUCUGCAUGAAGACUAUUGAGGCCAAGGUGAUACCAGUCAAUAUCAAUUUGGCCCCCUCUGAGGGAUCUGCAUGUACAGACUGUCCAUCACACAAUACAGUCUGCACCAUUACCCCACUGGUGUACAUGUGUGGUGUGUCUGUACACCAUUUAAAAGGCUUCUUAGCUGCUGUACAUGACAGAUGCCCUGCUCAAUUAAAUGGUGGUUUAAGACCACCAAAUUAUUAAGACAUUUAUUUACUUAGACUAGACUAAGGGCCAUCACCUCUGUGUAAAACCCACAAAGGUCAUAAAACAAUAUGGCCUCCUCUCAGGACUGUGCAUCCCACAACAAAGUCCGCACCGUGACCAUGCCGGUAAAUGCGUCACAUGUUUGGUCUGCACACAGUUUAAAAGGCUUCUGAGCUGCCACACGCACCAGUCCCGCUCAAUUUAAGCUGUAAAAGCAGCAUGUAUAUCACGUCCACAUUGCUGACACAAACACAACAUAGCUGUUACAGCUGAACAUAAAAUACAGCAGGGAGGCCAGCAAGUGAUGGCUGGUAUCUCUUCUCUCUGUGGCAUCCUGGUCGAAACGAUUAAUGACAAAAUUAACCUCGAGCACUCUGACAGAUCCAUAUUUUACUAAGGGGAUACCUCCUACUGUUGCUAAAUGUUUUCUCCACCAAUUAAGAGUUAUGCUCCUCCCUCACCACGCCACACACCCAUUCACUUUCCUGUCAGAUUUUUGAACUUGUUACAGAUAUAAAUGGCACCUUGUUAUAUGCUGAAUCACUACAGGAGUUCAGCCCACCUUCACUCUUCACUGAGCAGCCACACCUAUGUGGGUGUGAAGGACUCCUGACAAAGAAAUCCCAGAAGCUUUGCCAGCACAAUAAUUUCACAUUACUUGGAGUCAUUUGAAUUGGUGUUAAAAUCAAUUCAGUAAUGGAGCUUGAAAAAUACGAACUUGUGCUGCUCAUCAUGAUCAAACAAGCGUCAAUAUAAUUGUAAUUUCAUUAUAGAUAAUGUAGUAUCUAUUUGUACCCAGAGUUAAGUAAUUUGAUUACUAGAAUUAUACAACUGUAUGUAUUUGUACAUAUUCUGUAACUAUUUAUUUUUAAUAUAAAUUUGUAAAUAUUAAAGCUGGUUCUACCUCUAUUAAAUGUGUGUAAA